GACCGCUCGUUUUUUACCCGUUCGCUUGCUCGUUCAUCCGUAUACUCACUACCUACAUAUCGCUAACCACAAGCGAGCUCUCCCAGUUCAGGCAAAGUGCGAAGACCAGUACAAUCGUGUUGCUUUUCCCGCUAUCUCCGCGUAUCAGUCCGCAUGAGUUGCUCGGUGCGUGAAGGUUGACAAGACCGACUUGCCUAUACCUCAGUCUACCUCAGUCAAUCGACCGAUCAAAGAGUAGUCGAUAGCAUUCGCCGUGAUGAGUGUCCGUGGCAAGCAAGUGCAAAAUGGUACCUACGAGUUUGAUUAUAUGCGAGCACCUGAUACUAGAACUUGCUGGCAGAUAAUUCGCGAUGGUUUCUAUAAUCCGACAGAAGGAACUUACUGUGGUCAUACGCCUAAAAAAUGGGGCGUAACUCUUAUCUUCUACGCUGUCUUCUUCGCUGGGCUCGCGAUACUCUUCAGUAUUUGCAUGAAGGGCAUGCUGGCCACAUUGAGCGACGAGAAACCUAAAUGGACUUUAAGUAGCAGCAUUAUAGGUACUAAUCCAGGGUUGGGAUUCCGACCGAUUUCGGAUAAUCCCGAUGAGAAAUCACUUAUUUGGUACAGCGCAUCAAAUGCGACUGAUAUACAAAAAUGGACGCAACGCUUGGAUAAAUUUUUAGAAAACUAUAUCAAUCCAUCACUUUUGCCAAAUGGCGGUAGAAAUCAACAAAUUUGCAGCUAUAACAAGCCGGCAAAAUCUGGUAACGUAUGUGCAAUCGAUGUAAACAAUUGGGGACCAUGUUCUCCGAAUCAACAAUACGGUUUCAAUAAUUCGGCACCUUGCGUUUUCAUUAAACUUAACAAGAUAUACGGAUGGAUUCCUGAGUAUUAUAACAAUACUCAGAAUUUGCCGCCCGAUAUGCCAGACGGCUUAAUCAAAUAUAUAAAAUUAGUCGACGCUUCAUGGCUAAAUACCGUAUGGGUAUCUUGCACAGGAGAAAAUCCUCACGACCGAGAAAAUAUCGGCGAAAUAAAUUAUUAUCCUGAGGGGCAUGGUUUUCCAGGAUUCUAUUAUCCAUAUGAAAAUAUUCCCGGAUACUUAAGUCCAGUCGUCGCCGUUCAUUUUGUUCGACCAACAAGAAAUCAGAUCAUCAACAUAGAAUGUCGGGCAUGGGCGAAGAAUAUCAAAUACAGUUCAAUUAGAUCCGAAAAGAAGGGUGCAGUACACUUUGAACUGAUGGUCGACGAAUGAUUGUACGUUACAGUCGUGGAGAUGAUCCUCGACACGUCCCUUUCAUAGUUUUAUCAUAUUUUUCAAAUAAGAAACCGUGCACGAAAAACAAAAGAUUCGAAUGUACGUUAAAUAGUACUUCGUGUCUAGAUCUUCGAUCACGAUGAUAGACAAUCGCUCGUGCCUAGAAAAAAACAGUAGGUUAAUAAAUUUAUUAAAGAUAUUGCUUUUAAAGAUAUUGCUCACAUAUGUAAUUAAUCAAUAGGAAUUCUUGCUUAUCGAGCCACUAGUUUGAAUAUUUAAUCUUAGAAAAUUUUUGUUACUUUAACAGAAAGAAUGCUUUUUGUUGAUUUAUAGGUACGUACAAACAAGAUAC